AUGGACUUGGCUCCGUCAUCCAAACCAUCCUUUAAGCAGGCAUGUGAUAAUUGUCGUCGACGCAAGAUCAAAUGCUCUCGCGAGCUACCAUGCGAUAAAUGUCAACGUCUGCUCCUAUCUUGCUCCUAUAGCGAUGUGUUGCGUCGUAAAGGGCCGAAGUUUCGGACUCUCUAUCCCCUGGCCCCGAUACAUCCGCUAUCGGCCCGAAACGAUGCAACUCAGGAGCAAGUAUAUGCCGACCAAGAUGGUUACGCCGACGCACCGUACAGAUUGAGCUCACCGGCUUCGCCGGCAUUUGCAGUGGCCGAUGCACAGUAUGCACCGCAUGAUCUGUUGUCGGAUGCUCUCUCCCAAUUACCGCCCCCAGAGCUGGUCUCUUCACCGGACUCGACUGAUUCGGCCAUCGAGUCAAUUCGUGGGCCAAGUCAAGCCUUGCCACAGGCAAGACGUCUCUCACCGCAAAUUCUGCUAGCGCAUGUCAAUGUCUAUUUGAAAUACUUGUUCCCGAUCAUGCCGGUUGUGCGCGGUGAACAACUGCGACUGGAUAGCCACCAGCCAGAGCAUCUCUCACCCUCCAGAUAUGCAUUCCUAGCUUCCCUCUGUGCUGCAACCCACAUUCAGCUGAAGCUUGAUGGCGAUACGCCAGUCCCGGAUCCUGCUCGUCUACAGAGCUUGGGUGAUGGGCACUCCCUAGUGUCAGGAGAGAAGCUCCUAGCCGAAGCCGUGCGGGCACGUCGGGAGUGUGACAUUGUAGAAGAUCUGAGCACUGAGACCCUGCUGACUUCAUUUUUCCUGUUCGCAUCCUAUGGCAAUCUUGAUAAACAAAGCCAUGCGUGGUACUAUUUGUGCGAAGCGACCUCGAUGACAUUCACUCUGGGUCUGCAUCGAGAAUCGACUUAUGCAGAGCUCAGUGUAGAAGAUGCAGAGGAACGGAGGCGAAUAUUCUGGCUACUCUUUAUUACAGAGAGAGGCUAUGCGCUGCAACAAGCCAAGCCAGUCAUGCUCCGAAGCUCGAUCCACAAACCCCAAGUCCUAUGUUCCGAGGACCCUAUUCUCGCAUACGGUUUUAUCAAUUUGAUCGGCAUUUUCGAAAAACUCACCUCAAAUCUCUACGACUGGGUCUCUGCCGGUGGUGGAGAGGGUCUUCUGGAGAGGCCUCCCACCUCCACCAUCCAGUCCAGCCUAUGCAAACCUAUUUCGCUCGACGGAGUGAUGGAGAUUCAACAAGUCGACAUCCUCAUCACACAACAAUGGCUCCAGGCGAUGAUGUGGAAAUUGUCCAUGAACCAUGCUACUCAGCCCGGUGCUCGCGACGAUGGUGUGUUACCUUUCCAUUUACCAGUUCUGGUAGGCAAGGCCGUGAUGAGUGUAAUCAGUUCUGCAUCCCAGGGCGCAGUGGAUGCCCAUGGUAUUGGAAUGGAACAAAAACUGUUCGACAUGGGCUCAUCGGUCGCUGAUGUUACGCGAUCCCUGGGCACCAAAGCCGUCCACCGGCUUGCAGAAUCCACGGUUGACCCUCGAGAACUUCUCUGGGGUAUUCUGCACACUUUAUCACAGAUCCGGGGUUCACCAUCGUACCUCUUUCCCUCUCUGUUGGAGCGGUGCAAGUCCGUGUUAGGUCUCGAUUGCACCUUGACCAUUGGCAAUUUCCUUCCAGCCCUUGGUGCCCAUACACCGGACCAUGGCACAUGGGCCAAUGCCGGUGCCGGUGAGCAGGGCUGGGAUUUACUCGCGGCAUGUCGGGACCUGCAUGUAAUCGGCGAAGUAGAAGGAGACCAGAACGAGCAGGUUCCUCCUCACCUCCCUGGCGUAGGCCACGGGCCUGAUCUGGGAUUUCAAGAUUGUAUGUUGUCUUGA